AUGUUGAUUCUCAACUUGUUCAGUAUCGCCAUCUUGGCCCUCACCAACCCGGUAUUCGCCUCACCUAUCCUUGGCGACAACGCACUCGAGGCUCGCGACCAACCGCCACCACCUCAACCUCCCGUCCCUCCUCCUGUACCUCCACCUCCGCCGCCGCCGGGCCCAACAGCAACUCCAACAACCACCGCAAACAACUCAACUGUGGCGGGUCAACCACCUAUUGCCCCUCAAACCGGCCCUAUCCCAAGAAUCCACCUCGUCUCGAGGCAUAUACUCGACUACUUCACCGGCAUACCCGUUCCUCCACGUCAACCACCCCAACGGCGCAACCUUCCAGGUAACUUUGACGGAAAAAUACCAGACUUUGUAAAAGACGACAGGUACGAAUGGAAUAGCCAACAAUACCCCGCCUAUUCUCUAGGGAGAAUCCUCCUGGGCGCAAAGUCAUAUGCGAACGGGAAGGGGAGAACUUGCAGUGGUUCUUUGGUUGGACCGCGGCACGUCUUGAUAGCGAGGCACUGCUUCGGGUGGGAUACAUUAUCCGACACUGUUACGUUUGAAUCCAACUUCUUCGAGGGUCAGAGUGGAGGGAUAUCGUACGUGACGGACGUCAUCGCUCUGGAGGACGCCCUAGAUUGUCACAGAACGCCCAUGAAUGAACAGGAGAAAUUUGAAUGCAUGCUCUGUAACGAUUGGGCCAUAUUGAUUCUCGCGGAUCGAAUGGGCGAUACGCACGGGUACCUCGGGGUAAAAGAAUUCGAUACAAAGACACUGAUGCACACGCAAACCUUUUCACACGUGGGGUAUCCUAAUAGGUACCUUUAUCAUAAAGAAAAGCCUAUGCGACAGGAUGGGAUAACAGCAGAGAGAUGCUAUCACUCCUGCGAUAUUCCUGGCGACAGGAUUAUCACUGAUGCAGAUUGCCAGGGCGGAACAUCAGGAGGACCCUUGUUCAGGAUGGAGGAUGGGCUAGCUUGGCAGUAUGGCGUGGCAAGUUCACGUUUUGGGAACUUUGCUAGCAGUGUGCCUCCUCCGGAUAAGUGUGCUUUUGUAUCGAGCACCAAGUUUAUCAGUGCAGUUGCCAUGGCGCGACAGCAUUUCCCGUAA